GGAUCGCCUCGGAAGCGGCUCACCUGCUUUUCCCCACUGGUUCUCUGGUUCUUACCGCGAAGGCCGGCGAUGGCUCUAAGCAAGUCAAUGCAUGCAAGAAAUAGAUACAAGGACAAACCACCUGACUUCGCAUAUCUGGCGUCUAAAUAUCCAGAUUUUAAGCAGCAUAUUCAGAUAAAUCUGAAUGGGAGAGUAAGUCUUAAUUUCAAAGAUCCUGAAGCAGUCAGAGCUCUGACUUGUACUCUCCUGAGAGAGGACUUUGGACUUUCUAUUGAUAUUCCUUUGGAGAGACUAAUUCCCACAGUCCCCUUGAGGCUUAACUAUAUUCACUGGGUAGAAGAUCUGAUUGGUCACCAGGAUUCUGACAGAACUACUCUCCGAAGAGGAAUUGACAUAGGUACCGGGGCAUCCUGCAUCUAUCCCUUACUUGGAGCAACCUUAAAUGGCUGGUAUUUCCUGGCAACAGAAGUGGAUGAUAUGUGCUUCAAUUAUGCCAAGAAAAAUGUAGAGCAGAAUAACCUAUCUGAUCUCAUUAAAGUGGUGAAAGUGCCGCAGAAGACACUCCUGAUGGAUGCACUUAAGGAAGAGUCUGAGAUAGUCUAUGACUUCUGUAUGUGCAACCCUCCCUUUUUUGCCAACCAAUUGGAAGCCAAGGGUGUAAAUUCUCGGAAUUCUCGAAGACCUCCACCUAGUUCUGUAAACACCGGAGGCAUCACAGAGAUAAUGGCAGAAGGAGGUGAGCUAGAAUUUGUCAAAAGGAUCAUCCAUGACAGUUUACAGCUUAAAAAAAGGUUACGGUGGUAUAGCUGCAUGCUGGGAAAGAAAUGCAGUCUGGCCCCACUGAAGGAAGAGCUUAGAAUCCAAGGGGUUCCUAAAGUCACCUUCACAGAGUUUUGUCAGGGUCGGACAAUGAGAUGGGCCUUAGCUUGGAGUUUUUAUGAUGAUGUCACAGUACCGUCACCUCCAAGUAAACGAAGAAAAUUAGAAAAGCCAAGGAAACCUAUUACGUUCGUAGUGUUGGAGUCUGUGAUGAAAGAGUUAUCUCUCAAAGCUUCAUCUUUGGGCUCGGAGACAGCGGAAGGCAUAGUGGGUGUGACAGCGUGGAUAGAAAAGAUCCUGACUGAUCUGAAGGUGCAACAUAAGCGAAUUCCCUGUGGAAGAGAAGAAGUUAGCCUUUUCCUAACAGCCAUAGAAAAUUCUUGGAUUCAUUUAAGGCGGAAGAGAAGAGAGCGAGUGAGGCAGCUGCGGGAGGUGCCUCGGGCUCCUGAGGAUGUCAUCUUAGCCUUGGAAGAGAGAAAGUCCACUCCCAAAGAGCUGAGUAGUGGCCAAGACGUGGCCCACAGCCCCCAAGAGAGUGCCCUGUGUGGGCUUGAUGUGCCGGAAGGCGAGGCUGCUGCUGAUGGAGGCCAUUGCCUCAGCCAGAAGUUACUGUGCCAGGAGGAGACUCCCGAAGCCACGGAGGAUGAAAGGGAUGAGGAAAGGGCCGGCAUGGAGGUCAUGGAAAGUUGUCAAGGCUCCAGUGAUGGAGCCCAGGACGGGGAGGCUUCUGAGAAAGGGGAUCACCUGGACGGAGCGGCCGGACGUUACCUGUUUAAGUGUUUAAUCAACAUUAAGAAGGAAGUAGACGAUGCCUUAGUUGAAAUGCAUUGGGUUGAGGGCCAGAAUAGGGAUUUGAUGAACCAGCUUUGCACUUACAUACGUAACCAAAUUUUGAGGCUUGUUGCUAGUUAAUUCUUAAUUUCUUCUACAGUUAGAAAAGUGUCUGUAUGGGGCUAGGGAUAUGAAGCAAUGACCUUAUGUGCUUAGUAUCCAGAAGUUACCCUGUGUUGAGUCCCUUACAUCUAACAUCAUCACAAGGGAAAAAAAAAAACAUAAAAUAGCUUGCUUUGGAGGUAGAGCCUAUUGGGAGGCUAGCAGAAUGUCACCACUGAUCCAUUAGUGACACCAUGUGGAAUCAUCUUAAAAACACAAAUUUAGUUGGAUGUGCUCUGUGGCACUUGUAACUCCACUACUUGGAGGCAAAGGCAGGAAGAUUGCUAUGGGUGUGAGGCCAGUGUAUGCUACAGAGACAGACACUCGUCUAAAUAAAAAGAAGGAAAAAGGAAAGCAGCAGUGGGUCUAUUUUUAACCCUUCCUCUCUUCACAGCAGAUAAACCUAGGAGGAGCAGAUCUUACUCCAGCAGUUCAGCCAAAGGCCAGAGGGGCUCCGGUGGCAUCUGGUGUGGGUCAGGGCUGCCUAGAAAGUGCCACCAAGGGUUGCUUGGUGACAAGGGCAGCAGUGUUCUCCAGUGGAGUCUCUACUCAUGGCUGCCUUCAAGACACCAGCUUUCUCAAGGGACCAGAAUUGAGUGAGCUGGCCCCCAGAAAGGAGCUAACCUGGUGAUAGGUGACGGGAGUGUCAGGGAGAGACAUCUUCGUCAAGCCAAAGAGAGGGCCUGUCUGGGGAACACACGGGAAGCUGCAUGUUCAUCGUCACUGCUAUUCUGACAUUGCCUAUUUGAGAACCAGAGUUGAGUAAGCAAAACUCUGAGAUGUAGCUGAGGCACAAGGAGAUGUAUCCGCCAGCCCACCAACAGCAUUGUUUUGUAACAAUUGUACUGCUUUUUUUUUUUUUAAUGUGAAAUGGAAUCUUUUGUUUUUUAAUAUAAGACUUAAUGAUUGAAAACUAUUGAUCCUGUUUGAAUCCUGGAGUUGGGGAAAUACUUUCUUGGAUUUAAGUUGGGUAAAUGGUCAAUGUGACAACCGAGGAACUAAGUAAGGUCCUAUGUGUACUAGGUGGGGAGUGGGGGUGUCACUGGUAGAACAUUCACCUCAAUGUAUGUAGGCCCCGAGUUCUAUCCUCAGAACAAUAGAAAACAGGUAUUUGUGUGGUGUAGACUGGAGUCUGAUAUGUUGACAGUUACUUGUUCACCAAAUCCUACUUUUUUUGUUGGCUGCCUUGUCACUCUCUGGCUGCUUAUCUACUGACAUUGGACGGUACUGUGCCCAGAGUAACCAUAUGUGAAACACACUUCUAAAGAGAACGCCAGGGUUCUGCAGAUACCUCUGGAGAAGAAUCUUUGUUCUUCCGUGUCUCAGAAACAGUCUGUUGUACUGUAUUCUUGACUAGCUACCUAGGGUUCACUAUGGACAAACUCUGGCAUCGUUCCUGAUAGAGUGCCUGAGCUCUUUGGCAUCCCUAAAGUAGCUAAGCUCUGUUUUCAGAGGUAGCUAUACUUUUUGGCAAAAGUGUAAGGAAAUGUAAAUAGUGCAGUGGGAUUGAAAGCUGGGAAAGAACAUUUUAGCCGUGGUCUUCCAGAGAUGCAGGUUUUCUUCCUAUAACCCUUCCCUGGAGAUCUGAUCUAUGACAUUGUGAUCAGAAACCAACUAAGGAAAAAGAACACUGUUCUAGACAAUUUAUCCAUCCACUGGACAGCAUGAAGAAACCAAUAUCAUAAACUGUUCCCAGGUUGAAUUCAGGGCCUUAGACUGCCUACAUCCAGUAAUUAUGUCUAUUUGGGAGUAUGUGUAUGUGAGUACAGGUGCCUGCAGAGGCAUCAGAUCCCCUGGAGCUGAAGUUCCAGGCACUGUGAGCUACCUGCUGUGGGUGCUGGGAACCAAACUUGGGUCUCUGCAAGAAUAGUACAUACUCUUAGCCAACUAGCCAUCCCCCCAGCCCCUGUUGCUGCUUUUGAGACAGGGUCCCAUGUAUCCUCAGACAUGGUGUGUAUCUGAGGUUGAAUUUAAUAUCCUUUUCUUCCAGUAUCUAUCCUGUGUGCUGGAAUUACAAGCCAGAGUUAUGUGGGACAAAUGCUUGAGUGAACCUGGGACUUCUGUGUGCUAGGCAAAUGUUCUCCCAACUGAGCUGCAUCCUCGGUCAUCAAAUCUAGUUUCCUUAAUGAAAUCCUGGCAUCUCUGAGCUCAGUGGCAGAUAAGUGCCAGAGACCCUGGCAGAUACUCAAUAAAUGUUUCUUUCAUCAUAGGUUAGCAGAUGUUCACUGAUUUUGAAACAGAAGUGGCUAGAGGUGUAACUGUAGUAGGACAGUUGCCUAACAUGCACAGGGCCCUGAAUUCAAUCCUUAGCACUGCAAAACACACAAGUUACCUAGGGGAUUGGCCUUCUAGCAGUAUUUUCAUGUUUUCUCCUGGUCUUUCUGUAGGUGUUUGUGGUUAUUUUGAGUUGUAUUGUUUAACUUUCUCUUGUACUUUUUGUUUAACUUAGUUUUCUUUUUUUUAACACAUUUUGCCUGUUUAAAAAGCCCUUCCAGCACAGUAUUGACUUUUGUUUAUGUCUAGUUGUUAGAGAACACUUUGUGUUACUGGAGAUACAAAUGUCGGAUCUAUAUCUGUGUUUCAGUCCUAGGGUUGAGACUCUAAAUGGAGAAGGUUGUACAGAUGCUAAGAUAAUGUCCUAGAAUGAAAAUGUUUGACACGACCACUAUCGCUAUGGUCCUUGAAAAAACUAGAGCUAUGAGUAUCUGCAGUUUUGAACACCAUUUUUUUUCUUAAAUUGUCUAAUGAGAUGACAUUGUUUUGUUUUAUUUCUUCAAGACAAGGCUUCUCUGUAACCUUGACUCUCCUGGAACUCACUCUGUAGACUAGGCUGGCCUUGAACUCACAGAGAUCUCAGUGCUGGAAUUAAAGGUAUGUGCCACCACCACCUGGCAAUAUUGAAGACAUUUUAAAGGGACAUCUGAGGGUCUGGUUAUAUAUGUGCUUUAUGAUUGAAGAGAAGCUUUUUAAAGAAAUGAGUUAUGUGCCAUGGUAUAGAAUGACACUCUGCUUAAGGGUCUAGAGUCAUGUUUGUGUUGGUGCUGGUGGGUUGAUAUGAAAUUAAAUCUUUGUGGUAUUAUCUUAAAUUCUAUUCUGGUCCCUGGAAUUGGCUUCUGAUCUCCUGAUAGCUAAAGUGGGAACAGAAGCUGAACUUGUUUUCCAGUGAGAACUAAGGUGCUUUUGUUUAGAAUCUGCUGGGUUUUGUCAGUGUGGUUCCUUCACCCCAUCUGUGCUCAGCCAUUCCUACAUUAGAGCUUUGCUGUACUUUGAGGCCAAGUUGGCAACUCUGAGGAGGACUUUGUGCUAACCUUAAGUGUUCAGGUCGAUUAGUUUAUUUUAGAAAACAAACCCUUUUCGUGAUGGAAAUCAAAGCUUCUGUGGUCCAACAGGAGUAACUGGCCAGGUGUGGAAAGAUGUGAGAGUCCCAUGCAAAGGCAGCCAAAGGCCAUUUUGUUUUAUUUUGUUUGGGUUUUGAAACAGGGUCUCAUUCAUUCAGGCUGGCCUGGAACUUUUGAGAUAGCCAAGGCAGGCACUUAACUCCUGGUUCUCCUGCCUCCACUUCCGCAGUUUCUGGGCUUACAGAUGUUGCCAUCUUAUGUAGUUUUACGUGAUUCUGGGGAUUCAACCAUGACUUUGUUAGUGUAGGGCAAGCCCUGUACAGCCUGAGCCUCAUCCCUUAUCAGAGAAGGGAGUAAAUGCUGUAUGUGACGACCUUCCCUGUAAUCUCAGCAUUGGUGGGGGUGGGGGUAUUGGAAGGAAAAGCAUCAGGAGUGGAAGGCUGAGGUCAGGGUUGGUCUUGCCUCCAUUGUGAGUUCAGGGCAGAGGGAGUUGUGUGAGAAAGACCCUGUCUCUUCAUAGCUUUCUUAGCUUGCAGCACUUUCUUCUGGAACCACACGGGGGCACCUUCAGAUCCUUUAAUCAUGAUCCUGAACUUCACUGUGGGAGUGGAUAAAAUUAUAUCCAUAUCUAUGGAAUUUUCUUUAAGUGUCCAGUUGUAUCCAGAGAAGUACUUAUGUAAACAGGUAGAUGUUCACACAAAAAAUUGUAAAUGGGGGUAUAAGGAAGAAUAGCAGAUUCUCCCUGUAGUCUUUAUUUGGCCUGAUUCCUUUUAAAUGUGUGUCUUUAGUCCCACUGAGCAGUUUUUCUCUUUCUUGCCUCUGUUGACUCUAGAGCGUACGCGGCUUGAGCCUGUCUUUUGGAUCCACUCUUAAAUUGUUAUGGGUGAUGAGGAUCCCAGGGAUUGGGUGGUAGUAACUUGUCAAAAGCUGAGUGUUCCAGGAUUGGUACGAUAGAGAUCUCCUAGAGAAAUGAGUUUUCAUCUUGCUCUGAAUUUGAUCUUGUUGGCAGACUAACAUGGAUGUGAUGAGGUAUUCGUAGGAAAAGUGGUGUGUGUUGUCUGUCGUUUGUUUCUAUAAACUAGUUGGGCCUUUUUUUUCUUAAGGAUGUUUCUGUAUAGGUUAGAACGUGCAUAUGACUAGCCCUGUAUGUUUGUAGGCGCAAGGAGAAAUUCUUUGUCUCUUUAUGGUACAAGGUCAGGGUCAGCAGUGACCCUUCCACCCUGUUUACAAACUUCAGUUACUGCUCCUUGAGUAUAGAGGCAUCCCAGGGGCACCAUGAGGAGUGCCCUGAGGAAGGGGAGAAAAGGAUGUGUUUUCAUUGUUUUUAGGGAGUUUGUUGCUCAGAAGACUUCUUUUGCUUAAUGGCCAUCACCUCAGUAAAGUCCUGUCAUGUCCAUUCAUAGAACAAUUGGCCUCUUAAGGAAAGCAUUAAUAGUUUUGAAAGGUACUAAUCAUCCCAGGCGCCUUGUGUGGGUACCACUGUCCUGUUAAAGUGCCUGGCUCGGGGUGCUUGGAGCAAUAGAGCUUACACAUGCGUAAGAUCCUGUUCUGUUCUGGAAAGAUCUGCUGUGACUCACUCAAAUGACUAAAACAGCGGUUCCGUUUCUUUAAUUGCUGGUUGGAGCAGCUAAUGCUGCCUUUGUGAGUCUGGGCUUUUACCCUGAGAAACUAUGUUGUGACUGAGUGAAGACCUCGUACCUCUUUGGGAUAUAGGCUAUCUGCCUGUCUGAGUACAAGCAGAAAGCUCAGAGCCUCUAGGCUCUCCUUGGGAGAUAGAGGAUCGUGGGUGUUCCUUAGCAGCAAGGAAGGUGAGCAGGAGAGCAAGGUACAGGGCUGAAGUUCAGCUUCACUCAGCAGAAGUGGCUUGGAAGUAAGCUCAGAGGAAGCCAAGCUUGUACUCAAAGUACUGUUCACCCAGGGCAGGGAACAGUGGGAGAGCGCAGCUUGGCAGCCUCUCAGGACUGGGUUAGCAGUGCUGUUCCACUCCUUAUAUAGGGCACCAGUUUGACUGGGCUUCGGCUUCUGGAGAGCCGAGGACUGCCUGAUCUACUGAGAAGUGAGCGCCCUGUCUGUGGGAGGACCCAACAGCAGGGGACUUCAGAAACAGAAGGACACUUAAACUUGUCUUCUCUCCUUACUGUGUGGAGAGUUUUAGAGCUUUGUCAGAAAGUCUUGCCAUUGGACUCAGUUGAGAAGAUUAAGACCAGGCUGGCCUCGAGCUCAGAAAUCCACCUCCCUCU